AUGUCACCAUCAUCGUCAUCGACCAGUAGUAUUCCAAAGCCAUCAUUUAAAACUGAUGAAAUUAUUAAUAAUUCCUGGAAGAUAGUUAAAGACCUUGGAAGUGGUGGUUGUGGUAUUGUUUACGAAGUUGAACGUAUCUGUGGCACAAAUAUGGGAAUGCAUGCUGCAAUGAAAGCAGAAACAAUUGAUAAAAAUUAUUCUGAAACGCUUGCUGCUGAGGCAUUGGUAUUACGUCGUAUGCAAUGGUCAUCACAUUUCUGUCGAAUAUAUUUAGCCGGACGUCCGUCACCUAAUUGCAAUAUAAUUGUUAUGUCACUUGUUGGACGAUCACUUUCAUGGCUGCGACGUCAAAAUCCAUCGCAACGUUUUACGCUUUCUACGGCGAUACGUCUUGGCAUUCAAUGCCUUGAAGCAAUUAAAGAUUUACAUAGUAUUGGCAUCAUUCAUCGCGAUGUCAAAGGAUCAAAUUUUGCAAUUGGUCAAGGAAAUUUAUGUCGUACAGUACAUAUGAUUGAUUUUGGAUUUGCACGAUUUUAUCUAACGAGAGGCUUAGAUGGAAAUUUGCGCCAUCGAAGUCCAAGACAUAAAGCGCCAUAUUUGGGCACUGAUCGCUACUGUUCCGUUUUUGUGCAUAUGCGAAAAGAGCAAGGUAGACGAGAUGAUUUAUGGUCAUUUCUGUAUAUGCUUGUUGAAUUCAUCGUUGGUCAAUUGCCAUGGCGAUCUUCUCCUUAUAAAAAUCUUCUCUCAAAAAAGUUACAAAGUGAGGAAUAUUUGCUGAGAAACUGUCCGCUUGAAUUUUACGCUAUUUUUGAUCACAUUCGAUAUUUGAAUUAUUCCGCUCGACCAAAUUACGCAUUAAUUACACGUAAAUUAAGUGAAAUUUGUCAGCGAAAGCGUUAUGCGUUGGAUGAUCCAUACGAUUGGGAAGAAGGUGGAAGAUAUUAUGAAGAGAUUUGUUUACAAAAAGUUGACAAAACUAAAAUGAAAACAAAAACAAAAUGUAUUAUCGAUGAAAAUAAUGAUAAAUUAGCAAAAUUAAAAGUGGAUGAAAUCGAACAAAAUGGCAAACAACAAACGGAUGAAAUGCAAUCAAAUCAUAAAUUGCACGAUUUGGCUCAUAUUUCAUCAAUAAUACAAAAGGAUGAAAGUAUCAGAUUGUCAAACUUAAAUGAAUCAGAAAUACUUACCCACAACAAUGGCUUCCAAAAUUGUUCAACAGAAACUCACCCAAACUUUAUGCAUUAA